AUGACUCAAUCGCCGGAGCAGGUCGUCGACCAAGUCGCGCAGCUUGACGCCGCCCGGAAGCUUGUCCUCGGCGAUGCCGCCCUCUACCCUCAAAUCGUGAAUGGCAUCCUCCCAAUCGUCGGAGCCAACGCCAGGCUAGAACUGCGGAGAUGGGGUGCAGAAUUUCUAGCUGAGACCUUGGCAAGCCCGAUUCUUGCGACUUCACAGAAGCAGCAGCUUGCUCCAACCGUCCUCAGUUCGAUACAAGAGACCCUCCUGCUUCCGGAGACAGACAAUGCGGUCCUGGCCAGCUUGAUCCAAACAUGCGCAAGCAUGUAUCCUCUCAUAUUUCGCCAUACCGUCAACCACCCCGGAGACAACAAGACCUGGGAGACGAUGAGCGCUGUGAAGCAAGAAAUCCUUCGAAAAAUGGAUUCCUUUCCCUGCUCAGUGAAAAUAUGCUGCAUCAAGUUCUUGCAGAGGGUAGUCCAGGUUCAGACUCCCGGUUUAAUCGCGGAUCCCAGAGUACGUCCGCCAACUCAAAUCCCAGCAUGGUCCCCGGAUGCGCAGUAUUUUGAAACUUACAAUAUGCAGCGGCCCGACCAAAAUGAAACCUCGCUCGCAGUUGUGCCCCGAAAUCAUGCUCUCCUGUCGCUUCCUCAACUUGAGGCAGAGUCCUCGGGCCUCCUCGAUCGACUUCUGGACGUGCUUCAAGAAGAGACAUGUAACCCGCUCAUUGUCAACGCAACCCUAAACUGCCUGGCACCUCUCAUUCGUACGCGACAGUCGAUCGCGAACAAGAUUAUUCAGUCAAUCAUGGAUUUCUUCCCGACCAAACAUGUCCGUCCACCAUUCACUCCCACCGUUCGUGUUGGAGUCAAGUCCAUGGAGAGAACUGCUCGGGCGCUACUCUUCAAUGUGAUGAAGAAAAAUCCUGGUCAUCCGCUUAUGGGAAAGAUGCAACACUACAUCGAGCGUCUCAUGCAGUCCCGGCUUGAGACAGCUGAAGACUCCUCACGGAAGCGCGGACCACCCGCCGAACCUACGGACGGACUGGACCAAACGAAGAGGGCUCGUCUCGAUGCUGUGGCACCUCCUCCGCUUAAGAUCCCUCCUUUGCCAGCAGGGCCGACCAGCUAUGACCAGCUUUUUACCCUGACCCAGGAUAUUGGUCUGUCAUCCUUCGACGUGAAACAGCUUCCUCCGGACAUCGUGGUGAAGAUCGCCAUUCCACUGUUAUCACAAGUCAACCCGGCGUUGCUUACGCAAGCUGUGGAUGCUAUACGAAGUCGAUAUGAGACCAUCACAAAAGAGCAAAAUCACAAGCGACAACAGCUGCACCAAGCUGCCACCGCCGCAGCGGCUGACGAUGACGAUGAUUACGAACCCGACUACGAGCCAGAAGAUAUUGGAGACAAUGGACCAGGCGAAGCUGCUGCUAUUGCGCAAGAGGAAGCAGAGCUUGAGCCUGAUCUAGUCUCCUUGGGUCCGUUCGUACUUCCACAGCCACCGCCAUUGUCAGAAGAGGAGGCUAGCGAGGUUGGUCGCAGUGCUGUCUCUCGUGUUUUUGGUAUGAUCGACGCCGUAGACGCAGCUUCAUCGUCAUCGUCCACACAAACCAAGCCUCAGCAGUUAGGCUUUGCCCGCUUGGCUGGAAGCACCUUUGACCGCGAAGCUUGGGUCGUUCUUCUCACCCGUCUUGCAACUCGCGCUCCAGCUGGCCUGGAGAUUGACGACAAAGUCAAAGCCGGUUCCGCUGGUGUCAAACGGCAUUCUACAAUAUCGGACUCGAUCCGUGAGACCCUCUAUCGCUACAUCUUGGAAGACUUCCGGGCCCGACUUAAGAUCGGGAUUACGUGGCUCAACGAGGAAUGGUACAAUGACCGUGUUCGAAUGAAGGCGGCAAACCAGGAACGCACGGAUGCAGAUGACGAACCUACAGUUACACUCUAUUAUGACACAUGGGUACUCCGCCUGCUUGACGGUUUCCUACCUUACCUUGACUCCAAGGAUAUCAAAAUCCUGGUGCGGUUCCUCAGCGAGAUCCCCGAAGUCACGAUUGCCAUCAUUCAGCGAGUGGCCGGACUUGCUCGAGAUCCAGAGCGUAUCACAUUGACCGUGCAAGCUCUGAUGUACCUCGUGAUGUUCCGACCACCAGCACGGGAAAUGUGCCUGAAUGCGCUGGAAGAUGUUUACCAGACAUACGAGGAGUCAAGGCCCGCAGCUGGCAAGGUUCUCGCCAAAUGGCGACCCCAAGCACUGCCCGCACCAGCCGAACAGGCCUCGACGAAUGACUCUUCCAAUCCCACACAACCUGCGCCUUCAACCGAGGCACAAGCUUCUACAUGA